ACCUUGUUGUGCAACAUGUCCCUGACAGUUUUUUUCUACUACUCUCCAGCUAUAUAAGGGAGCAGGUUCAGCUGACAUUCACUUAAACUGUCAUCAUGAAGUUUGUGAUCUUGGCUUUGUUUGUUGCUGGUGCCUACGGAUGUGGGCUGCCCACCUUCCCCCCUAUCAUCACCAGGGUGGUCGGAGGAGAGGAUGUCCGUGAGAACAGCUGGCCCUGGCAGGUGUCUCUUCAGUACCAAUCUGGUAGCAGCUUCCACCACACCUGUGGCGCUACUCUGAUCUCCAGCCAGUGGGUCAUGACCGCUGCUCACUGCAUCAACAGCCGCAACACCUACAGGGUAUACCUGGGCAAGCACAACCUGAAGAGCAACAACGAGGAGGGUUCCAUGGCUCUUACUCCCGCCAAGAUCAUCGUCCAUGAGAACUGGGAUUCCUACAGAAUCCGUAACGACAUUGCCCUGAUCAAGCUUCAGAGCCCUGUCACCUUCUCUGACUCUGUCAUGGCGGCCUGUCUGCCCGACUCCGGCAUCGUCCUGCCCCACAAUGCUCCCUGCUACGUCACUGGCUGGGGACGCCUCUGGACCGGAGGCCCCAUCGCUGACGUACUGCAGCAGGCCCUCCUGCCCGUGGUCAGCCAUGCCAACUGCACCAAGCCCGACUGGUGGGGCAGCCUUGUUACCAGCAGCAUGGUCUGUGCUGGUGGUGAUGGAGACCUUGCUAGCUGCAACGGAGACUCCGGUGGCCCCCUGAACUGCCAGAACUCUGAUGGCUCCUGGGACGUUCACGGUGUGGUGAGCUUCGGCUCCAGCAUGGGCUGCAACUACCCCAAGAAGCCUUCCGUCUUCACCCGCGUCAGUGCCUACAUUUCCUGGAUCAACAACGUGAUGACCAGCAACUAAAUGAUGGAUCUGGUUGUAUCGUGGUGGGCAGCUGUCAUUAAAUAAAUACAUGCAUUGCAAAUA